GUCAAAAAAAAAAAAAAAAAAAAAAAAACACAGCUGACUGAACGGCUCGUUACACCGGCGGUGAGCGAACUGUCCGACACUUUCUGUUUGACGAACAUAGACGAUACUUUCGCUUUGUCGUUUUGUUUCACUUUACACAUAUCUUGCUUUCUGGUUGUUUUUUUUUUCAUUAGUGCGUUUCAUGAGCCAGCAGGCGAACAAGCUGUAAGCUAGCUCGCUAGCUGAGGUUGUUGUUAUUUACCGUUUAACUAACUAAACAUUAGCUGGCGGGUUUGCAGCGAGGUGGCAGCUUGCAGCGGGUCGACGGUUCGACGAAUGAUGAAAUAAAAAAAACAGAUCGAGGUGAUGAAGCCUGAACGUCAGUGUCCUGCCAUGGCUGAGGAUGGGGAGGUGAGUCCAGUAGGGGGACGUGCUGGAUCAUCGGGCCGUCCGGGCCGUCAGACCUACACAAGCUCGGCCCAUUUCCGCAGCCUGCUGGACGGACUGCUGGCUCUGCGACAGAGUGGCAUCCUGUACGAUGUGGUGCUGCUGGUGGAGGGUCGACCCAUCCAGGCCCACCGGAUACUUCUGGCAGCCUCCUGCGAUUACUUCAGGGGAAUGUUUGCUGGAGGUCUUCGGGAGACGCAACAACAGGAAAUCCCAAUUCAUGGCGUCUCUUACAUGGCCAUGAAAAAGAUCCUCGACUACAUCUACACGUCGGAGAUCGAGUUAGAUCUGGAGUGUGUGCAGGAAGUCCUGACAGCUGCCACGCUAGUACAGCUUGAGAUUGUCAUGGGCUUCUGCUGUGAUUUCCUUUUCUCCUGGCUGGACGAGAGCAACAUCUUAGAGGUGCAUCAUCUCGCCGACGUCUAUGGACUGCAGCAGCUCAACACCCGGGUCCACUCCUACAUCCUCAGGAACAUCCAGACUCUGUCUCGAACCGAUGUGUACCGACAGCUCCCCGAGGAGGAAGUGUUCCGAGCGCUGAGCAGCAACGAGCUGCAGGUGAACAACGAGAACGAGGUGUACGAGGCGGCUCUUCACUACCACUUCAGUCCAGAGCAGGUGGAGACUGACCAGGUGUACUUGCAGGUCAGUCCUAAGGACAAUCUCAAGAUGCUCGACGCCGUCCGUUUCUGUCUGAUGGAGAAACAGGUGUUGCAGAGGCUGCACGGCAGACUGAACCAGUGUCCGCUGAAGGACUCUGUGUCCGCCGCCCUGCGGUACCACGAGCAGGAGCUGUGGCAGCCCGUCCAGCAGACUCCUCUCACCCAGCCUCGCUCCACCUUCGACUGUAUUCUGGGUUUUGGAGGGAUGUUCAGCACCAACUCCCUCGCAGACAGCGAGCAGUUAUUUCAGGUGUUCCACCCGACCUGGGGGGAGUGGAGGACUCUGACUGCAUCUCACGCCCCCCGAAUGUCCAACCAGGGCAUCGCCGUGCUCAACAACUUUGUUUAUCUUAUCGGAGGAGACAUGAACAGCAAUGGGUUUCGUGCCGAGAGUCGCUGCUGGAGAUACGAUCCGCGUCACAACAGCUGGUGCUCCAUACAGUCUCUGCAGAAGCGGCACGCUGACCACUGUGUGUGUGUGCUGGGCGGCCAUAUUUAUGCCGUCGGAGGGCGGGACUACAGCAACGAGCUGGACUCGGUGGAGCGCUACGACCCUCAGACCAACACCUGGGAGUUUGUCUCACCCCUGAGGAGAGAGGUUUACGCUCACGCAGGGACGGUGCUGGAUGGGAAGAUGUACAUCACCUCUGGGCGCAGAGGGGGUGCGUACCUCAGAGAGACCUACUGCUUCGACCCAGCGGCCAAUAGUUGGACGGCGUGCGCUGACGGGCCGGUGGAGCGGGCGUGGCACGGCAUGGCGGCCGUUAACGGGCGCAUUUACGUGAUCGGUGGAAGCAACGAUAAGGGCAGUUGUCGGAGCGACGUCCUGAAGGUGGGUUGUUUCGACCCUGAAGCCAACACGUGGUCUUUGGUGAGCCCCCUCCCCGCUGGACACGGGGAACCAGGCAUAGCUGUGCUGGACAGUCGCAUCUUCGUGCUGGGAGGACGAUCUCACGACAAAGGCAACCGGAUGAAAUACGUCCACGUGUACAACAGCGACACAGACGAGUGGGAGAGCGGUACGGACUUCAAGGAGCGCGUCUCCGGCCUGGCAGCCUGCGUCGUCCUCAUGCCCCUCGCCGUGAUGGCCGAGGCCCGGAGCUGGGAGCAGCGCACCAAGGCAUCGUGGGAAGAGAUGGACAUGGACAACUCGGACGACUCUAGCGAGGACUGAAGCAGCCUCGCCGAACUGAAUGUGUGAGCACCGGACACCAACGAGCACUUUUCAUACGCAGCAUGUUGAGAUUCGGUACCUUUUUGUUUUUGUUUUAUCAUGAAAGCAUCGCGUUCUUUCUGCACGGCGAACACUUUGAGUGCCUCUGAACCAAAGUGUCAUUCGGGAACUGCUUACUUUGAAAAUAUCAUCUUGAGCUCUGAUUGGACCUGAGAGGUCGACCACAGGUGAACAGCUCUACAGGUGCAGGUGUGAAGAGGUGGUGCACACUGAGGGACCGAAGAAGAAGAAGAAGAAGAAGAAGAAGAAGACACAACAGGCAGAAUGGAUCUGGUCUUUGUGUCACUGUGAUGUAAAUGACAUGUCUGCUCUCUCCUCACCUGCAGAUGUUCACGGCAGAUGUUUGUGAACAACAACUGUAAAUGUUGCCAUGUUUGGCUGAAACAAAUACAGUAAACAUUAACCAAAAUAGGAAACUUCUCCCUUAAAAAAACGCUCAGUUUUGUGAGUUGCUUUAUGAGGAGAAACUUUGUAAACUUUCUGAAUCGCUGUCUCUUCAUAUUUUGUGAAUUCUUUCUUUUAUUCAUAAAAACAUCAUGUCAGAGCUGACAGACGUAGAGCUGUAUACUUGUGAUCAGAAGUUUAAUGACACCCGCUCCAAACGGCUCCGAUUUAUAAAAUUACUGGUACCUCCGUGAUGCCUCUGGAGAAAGUCACCAGACUCCCUUAAAAAAUCGCUCAGUUUAGUGAGUUGUUGAGUUUGUAGGAACUUUAUCAACUUUGUUAAUCACUAUCUCUGACAAAUUCUUAAUUAUCUGGGUCUUCUUGUAAAUUCGGCAAAUAAUCUGAAUCAAGUUUUUUCUUUUUUGUGUGUGAAAGACAUGUCUGGACUGAUGGACUCAGAGUGGUCCACCCCAGGAUUGGAUGAUAACACGAGUUCUGGUCAGAGCUGUAGAUAAUCUCUCUUCUUCCAUGAAUCGCUGCCUGCUCACAUGCUAACGCUACUGUUUCUCAACACUCCCUCAUCAUUAUUUCCUGUCACUGUAGCUGCUCCUGCAACAGAAAGGUGACGAGUCCUGGCUAUGCAAUAACACUGUAAUGUGGAGAGUUCUCUGCUAAAUUGUUCACUUUCUUAGAAUUAACGCACAUCGUUGACUUUUUACUUAUAGUUUAAGUUCUCCACCCCAGCGUCAUGUCCUUGUUCGGUUUGAAGGUCGUGCCUUGUUUUUGUGGAACCAUCCUGAGCUUUUUUUUGCCAUGGAUUGUGUUUUUAUGUUCCAGGUGGAGGUGAGCCUUAGUUAUUGUGCCUCUGAUGUGAAGUGAUGAGGCGCUGGUUCUGCAGGUUGUAGACAGAAGCUCCUGAUAUUCAUGUGGUGAAACUCAAACCGUAGUUCUCGUUCUUUGUGUUCUUUUCUCAUCGAUCUUUGUUAUUAUAUAAAUUAUUCCACGGCUUGAUCCAAAGAGAAUAAUGAGAGUAGUGACGGAGGAUUUCUGAGCCUUUCUUCCUGCUUCUGCUUGUCGCCUGCGUUCAUUGUUCUGCUGCUCAGUAGAAACAUUUAAGACGUUUAACGACACCCACUCUCCUGUGUGUCCUUUUUUAUUUUCUCUGUGGUUGAAGUCGAGGUUUAAAAUGUGCUUUUCUGGUUCAUAUAAUGAGAUUUGUGUCUUGCACUGUAGUUGAACACACUGUUACCAUAAGAUAUGCAAAUUUAGUCUCCAGUUCAUGAGAUAAGUUUUGAAAUUUAAUAAAUAUAGUAAUAUCA